CCUUAAGAAAUAUAUUUUGAGCAAUUAAAAUGCGGGAAGACCCGGGGCCAGAUUGCCAAAAUACCCGGGUCACCUGCAAAAAAGAUACAUGCUGCGCUGUUCACAUGAGCAUGUUGUCACAGGCAGUAGCAAAAUUCCACCAACAAUUUCAGUGCAUGUACAGUGUAAAUUUGUGACCAGACUGCGACGGCGGGAUGGACCCGGAGACGCAGGAGAGCGUGCGGGACAAGCUGGAGCGCGCCAUCCACCUGCUGGAGGUGGUGAGCGCCUCUGACCCCGAGGACGAGCCGUACAAGUCAAAGUACGCCGCCCGCGAGCUCCUCAACGAUGCCAAGUUCCAGCUGGAGCGACACAUCGAGCAGAGUGACGUGAUCGGCCCGGCGUCGCACCAGCUGGCGGCCGUGCUCUACUACCUGGGCUACAUCGGCGUCGAGACGGACGAGCCGUCGGCCGGCGAGGAGCUGCUGGAGGCGAGCCUGCGCGCGGCGCCGGCGCUCGGGCCCUGCACCGUCAUCAGCACACUGAGCGCGCUCAACCAGCUGGGCCUAGUGUGGAGCCGCCGAGGCGAGCACAACCGCAGCCAGCACUACCUGCAGACGGCCGAGACCGUGUACCAGCAGUACCGCGACCAGGUCACGCUCAAGCCGGUGGAGAUGUCCGAGCUGUUCCGGGAGGGUCGUCCCGACGAUGAGAAGACGGACGACUCGAAGGAGGGCCGCAGCGGCCAGACCAAGCUGGAGGAGCUGCACACCCUCACGCUGUACUAUCUGGCCCAGGCGUACAACAACGUGGGCGAGCCGGUGAAGGCAGCGCUGUACUGCCACAACACGCUGUCCCGGCAGCUCGACAGCGCUUCCUUCGACAAAGUGGAAUGGGCGCUUAACUCGGCCACGCUCUCCCAGUUCUACCUGCCCAAGCAGAUGUUCCGGAACGCCCGUCACCACCUGGCGGCGGCGACGCACGUGCUGGAGCAGCACGGGGAGGAGCUGCGGGCGGCACCCGACCAGACAUCCGAGGAGCACCAGGCCAAGCUGGAGCGGUACCGGCACCGGGAGGCGGAUGUGGCGCGCUGCUGGACCAAGCUGGGUCAGGUGCUGCUGCAGUCGUCGGCCGAGCGGCUCGUCACCUCCACGCCCUCGCCGCCGGCCGAGCCCAGCACCGGGCAGCUGUUCUUCCGGCAGCUGGAGCUGUCGCAGCUGGAGAAGCAGAUGCCGGACUCUCCGGUGCGCGACUUCGAGGAGGCGCGCCGCGUGUUCCUGUGCGCCCAGCGCUGGAUCCAGCGCGCCAAGGAGUACUAUUCGCUGCAGGAGCACGCCUCCGACCACGUGGAGGUGGUGCGCGAGCAUAGCCAGCUGUUCAAGGCGCUGAUCUUCUUCGAGAGUGACCUGGACCGCCAGUGCAAGAUGUACAAGCGUCGUGUGGACCUGCUGGAGCCGGUGCUGGCCGAGCUAAACCCCACCUACUACCUGCUGGUGAUCCGACAGCUGCAGUACGAACUGGCCGAGAUCUACAGCGACAUCGCCCAGUGCAAGGUCGAGCUCCAGCGGGACCGAGACAAACGGGGCCAGCACGUGACCGCUCACGUGGUGGAGAAGAUUAACCACCUGGCGCACCAAAGCAUCAAGUACUUCGACCUGUUCCUCGAUACACUCAAGGACAGCGAGGGCCACUUCCCGGAGAAGUUUGACGAGGACCUGACGCGGCCGGUGCUCAUCGCCUACUUCCACCUGGGCCACCUCUACAACCGGCUGAUGGAGAUCGAGCUCAAGCCCAAGCUGGCCAACGUACAGAAAUCGAUCGCCGCGUACCAGUUCAUCAUCGACUACUGCGACCGGGUGCCGAUGGGGGCGGAGAAGAUGACCGAGGAGCUGGCGGCCUGCCGCGAGAUGGCGCGCCUGCUGCCCACCAAGAUGGACCGGAUACGCAACGCCAUCAACGAUGGCGGCACCGUCACCACCGACCUCAAGGUCUAGCUGAAGCCGCCGGGGGAGAAGCGCCUGAAUCAUGUGAUAUUUGACGGCGGAGCUGGGAGUAUGGGUGGGCGGCGAGGCCGCUGAGGCGGGCGCUGGUGGGAGGACGCUGAUUAGCUGCAGGGAAGACGGUGGCGGCUGUGGGCCAAUCAGCGCCCGGUGUUGACGACUGGUGAUUGGUCGAUGUUUCCAAGACGAGUGCAGCUGGUCGGCUGACCUGCCGCAAGGGGGCUGAAAAGUCCACGUUCCGUUUUUCAGUCGCUCGUGUUUUUCGCAUGUAUAACUCUUUGAUCGCGCGAGCUUCGCCUUUGGUUGGCUCAGGAGUCGUGAUCUUUGCAUAAUUGCCAGAGUGUACCAUGGCAUGUUGUUUUGCCUCACUUGACGUCGAGUUUGCUUUGCGUGAGACGCCGUUCCGACGCGGCUGGGCUGCGGCCCAACCGGCAUGGGCAAAGGUGCAUUCGUUUGUCUGCACUUCGUCGUGGCAGCGUGCCGUGCCGGUCGUAUCGUGAGUCACGGGGCAACGGCGAACUUCCUGACCUCCACACGCGUGACUCAGCCUGCGCACCGCCACGCCCCAGUCCGGGCAUGCCCUCAAGUGAGGCGUUGAGCUUGUCCGCCUCUGGCUGCACGUGUUCCCGAGCAGCGGCGCCACCCGCCCUGCUGCGGCGGAUGCGCGUCGCUGACGUGCCCAGCCGUUGCUGAUUCCGAGUCGUCGCUGCUUCUGCGUUCUUGCCAGUGUCGUUUGAGAAAAACAUAAACCGCUUGGCCGGCCGGCCGAGCGUUUCGCCAG